AUGUCUGACACUUUCGAGCUCUACGAUCUGCGCAUCGAGAUCAUCUGUCCUCCAGGAGAACGCAUCCUAUGCGGAGCUAAGCCUGGUGACCAUUUCGUUCUUGAAGGAGAGAUGCUACGACUUCCGGCAGGGCAAGGCGUGUCCAUCUAUUCAUUAGCUGCGGUGCUUCCCUUACUUGCCGCCAAACAACGUGAAACCCACACAAACGACUGGAUGACUUCAGAUGCGGACAUUGCAUGUCCAGACCCAAAUUGUCCUUCCCGUCUUCGCAUUAUCAGAACUGGGAGACGUGUAUUCAGUCAUAAGGAGACAACUGUCGUCGAACUUGCGUAG